CUACUGAACUAAAGAGCACUGACUGAGACGCACCCAGAGAUUCAGUUCAUUUUUCUUUCUGUUCAUAUCAUCUUAAUCAGGACAGAGUGUCCAAACACAGAGAAACUCCCGCUGAAGCGACUGAGAGCCUCGUCACACACUUAUAAAGAUGGCGUUUAUUAAAGAGGAGACUGAAGACUUCAGGAUUGAAGAAGUGUUCAGUCUGAAACAAGAAGACACUGAGGAACAAACAGACCUAAUAGCAAUGAAAGAGAAAGAAGUACUGAAUGAAAUUGAAGAGAAAGAUCAAUAUGGGAAUCUUCAUGAUUUCACAACUGGAGAAAAAUCUUUUAGACGUUCGCAGACUGAAAAGACUUCCACACGAAAAAAAGCUCAAAGAAGUUAUUUCACUUGCUUUCAGUUUGGAAAGAGUUUCAAUCAACAAGGAAACCUUAAAGUCCACACUGGAGAGAAGCCUAUCACCUGCCAACGGUGUGGAAAAUGUUUUGCUAAACAUGGAAACCUUAAAGUUCACAUGAGGAUUCACACUGGAGAGAACCCUUUUACCUGCCAACAGUGUGGAAAAAGUUUUACUCAACAUGGAAACCUUAAAGUUCACAUGAGGAUUCACACUGGAGAGAACCCUUUCACCUGCCAACUCUGUGGAAAAAGUUUCACUCGUAAAGAAAGUAUUGACAGGCACAUGAGAAUUCACACUGGAGAGAGGCCUUACACAUGCCAACAGUGUGGAAAGAGUUUCAGUCAACUUGGAAAUCUUAAAGCCCACGUGAAAAUUCACACUGGUGAGAGCUUUUUUACCUGCCAACAGUGUGGAAAAAGUUUCAAUCAAAAAGAAAUCCUUAAAAGGCACAUGAGAAUUCACACCGGAGAAAAGCCUUACACAUGCUCUCAAUGUGGAAAAAGUUUCCAUCAACAUGGAAACCUUAAAGCGCACAUAAAAAUUCACACUGGGGAGAGUCCUUUUAUCUGCCAACAGUGUGGACAAAGUUUCAAGCAUAAAGUAAGCCUUAACAAGCACGUGAGAAUUCACACCGGAGAAAAGCCUUACACAUGUCAGCAGUGUGGCGAGAGUUUUGCUCGGCGUGUAAACCUUAAGGUCCACAUGAGAGUCCACACUAAAGAGAACCCUUACACAUGCCUUCAGUGUGGUGAGAGUUUUGCUCAACUUGGAAACCUUAAAGUCCACAUGAGAGUCCACAAUGGAGAGAACCCUUACACAUGCCAACAGUGUGGAAAGAGUUUUGCUCAGCGUGUAAACCUUAAAGCCCACAUGACAAUACACAAUGGAGAGAGUCCCUUCACCUGCCAACAAUGUGGAAAAAGUUUCGCUCAUAAAGGAAGCUUUAACGUCCACAUGAGAAUUCACUCUGGGGAGAAGCCCUACACCUGCCAACAGUGUGGAAAGAGUUUCUCUAAAAAAGGAAGUCUUAACUGGCACAUGACUGUUCACACUGGACAAAAGCAUUACACCUGCCCUGAGUGUGGAAAGAGUUUUGCUCAUCAUGGAAACCUUAAAGUCCACAUGGUAAUUCACACUGGAGAGAGCCCUUUCACCUGCCAACAGUGUGGAAAAUGUUUCACUCGCAAAGAAAGUAUUGACAGGCACAUGAGAGUUCACACUGGAGAGAAGCCUUACACAUGCCAACAGUGUGGAAAGAGUUUCAGUCAACAUGGAAACUUUAGAGUCCACAUGAGAAUUCACACUAAAUAG